CGACAAAUAUUAAUAUUUUGAAUUAUUAACGACUUACUGUUUUUCUGUGUGAUAGUUUAUCAAAAUAAUGACAUUUUACGAUAGUAAUGAUAAUCCCAGUGCUAGUAAUUAUAAUAUUUAUUAUGAAAGCGACUUCGUGUUUCUCGGUGACUUAUACUUUAGUGAAUUGAAAAAUGAACGAGAGAAGAUCAAUUGGGACAUCGUGAAAGAACGAAAUCUAUUGUUCGAUCGUGUUGUGUUAUUGAUUAAUAGGUGGAAAGGCAAACUUCCAGAUCUCGGAGAAAUUUUUCAGCCAAAAGAAAUUGAUUGGCUUCUCACGAGAGAUGUGUGGACUCUAGACAGACCUGACCCCACGAUUAGCAGAUUUUCACUUAUCCACUUUGUGAUCAAGACCGGCUACAAAGACAGUCUCAUUAAAGAUAAGGAUAAUAAGCCACUGUUGCGUCGUACCACACCAGUGCAUCGUGCGGCCAUGAAUUACGAAUGCAUCUUUCGCCUCCUAUUAAACAUAUACGAUAGAUUCGACGUCAACUACAUCGACGAGUUUGGUUUCACUCAUUUUCAUGCGGCCUGCAUGUAUGGCUGUGAAGACAUCGUUGCUAAAUUCCUCGAGCUCGGGCAGAACCCGGAUGGCCUCGCACAAGAAACGGACGUGAGUGUGGCCGAUCCGCCGCUGCACUUGGCUCUGACCCAUGGCAGAAAAGAAGUGAUCGAAUUGCUGUUAAGAAGUGGCGCCAAUGCAAAUUUAGCCAACGCGAACGGAUGGACUCCGCUGCAUAUUAUUUGCAAAGAUGAUAACGAUAACUGUGACUUGGCGGAGUUAUUCUUCAAGAUAAACGAUGAUAAACGACAGGCGAUACAGCUCAACGCCGUGGACAAUUUGGGCCGAACACCGCUGCAAUGUGCAGUGGCACAACUUUGCCCGGGUUUGGUCGAGAUUUUGUUGAAUCGUGGUGCCGAUUUAUCUAGCUUCGUUUUCCCAACCGAGACUUACUUUGUCUCGAGAUUUCAAUGCCAUCAUCCUCUAUUGAUCGACCGAGAACCGAAACUAGUUUCUGACGUGCUGGUCAUUCUUGAACGCCUAAUGAAAAGAGGAUACGAACUAAGUCUAAGGGGCGCGCUAACGAUCAUGAAAUUCUUCGAUCACAUCGGAAAGCCUAUCUACAAAGUAUACCUUUUUUUAGAAGAUCUUGACACCUUGAAACCCUGCAGGAUAUGUGAGUCUGACAACCAAUGGACACAUUUAUGUUCUGCUCACAAAUCUGUGAUGAUGUCUAGGACAUUUUUCGAGUGUUGGGCGCUGAAAUUUUUCUUCAUGCUAACGGGACACCGGCUACCAAUUCUCUGCUGUGAAAUAAUCAUUAAACAGUUGUCAAACGAGGAUUUGUUGAGGAUGUGCAUGGCAGUUGAGAUCGUUAUAAAAGAGCAGAGCCAAACGCACGACGUCCAUGACAAAGUUAACGAGAUCGAGCAAUUUCAAAAUUUACUCAUAGAUAAAUAAUUUUGAAAAAAUUUCAUCAGUGUGUUCCAAGCAUGUUUUCAA